AUCGACAUCGAUAGGUAAUAUUUUAUCAUAAACAGUUUGAAUCCGGACUCGAAACAAAGUUGAGGCGGACGCCAAACGCAUCGGAUAAACACACACAACACCCUCUCUCUCUCUCUCUCUCCAUCUUCACUCUCUCCCUUCGCCGGAGAUACACACAUCCAACUACACAUCUAUAAUAAUCCCUAGUUCCAGAGAGAUCGAGAGAGAGAGGUAUAUGCUCUGUGGGGACAAUACAACUCACUUGAAAAGCCCCAAUAGUAGCUAGGGUUUUACGAUUUACACACCCAAAUCACUUCAAAUCGAUGUGUUUUUUGUGAAAUUCAUUGUUACGAGGCCUUGAUUUAAUUUCUAAAUGGACGGACGGCGAAUUACAGCUACCAGGCGGCCGUGCUGUGGGCGGCGUGUGGUGGCCAAGAAACGACAGCGUAGCGGGGUCGAUGGGUUUGUUAACAGUGUUAAGAAGCUUCAAAGGCGAGAGAUCUGUUCCAAGCGUGAUCGAUCUUUUAGUAUGAGCAAUGCGCAGGAGAGGUUUCGGAACAUUCAUUUGCAGGAAGAGUAUGACACCCAUGACCCGAAGGGGCAUUCUUCUAUGGUGCUACCUUUUUUAAAGAAGAGGUCAAAAGUUAUUGAGAUAGUUUCUGCGCAGGACAUUGUCUUUGCUCUUGUGCAGUCUGGUGUUUGUGCUGCAUUCAGUCGAGAAACCAAUCAGAGGAUAUGCUUUCUGAAUGUUAGUCCUGAUGAAGUUAUUCGGAGCUUGUUUUACAAUAAAAACAAUGAUUCUCUCAUCACUGUUUCAGUCUAUGCAUCAGACAACUUCAGCUCCUUGAAAUGCAGAACCACUAGGAUCGAGUACAUUCGACGUGGUAAACCCGAUGCGGGCUUCCCUCUCUUUGAGUCCGAGUCGUUGAAAUGGCCUGGCUUUGUCGAGUUUGAUGAUGUUAAUGGGAAAGUACUCACUUAUUCUGCACAAGAUAGCAUUUACAAGGUCUUUGACCUGAAAAACUAUACAAUGCUUUACUCCAUCUCGGAUAAAAAUGUACAAGAAAUCAAGAUCAGCCCAGGAAUAAUGUUGUUGAUAUUUACAAAAGCGAGUGGUCAUGUUCCUCUUAAGAUCCUCUCAAUAGAAGAUGGAUCUGUUCUUAAAUCUUUUAAUCAUCUUCUUCAUCGCAACAAAAAGGUGGAUUUUAUCGAGCAGUUCAACGAAAAGCUUCUCGUUAAGCAAGAAAAUGAGAACUUACAGAUUCUAGAUGUACGGAAUUCUGAGCAAACGGAAGUCAGCAGAACUGAAUUUAUGACUCCAUCAGCAUUCAUUUUUCUGUAUGAAAACCAAUUGUUCCUGACGUUCAGGAACCGAACAGUUGCUGUCUGGAAUUUUCGAGGGGAGCUUGUGACUUCAUUUGAGGAUCACCUUUUGUGGCAUCCUGAUUGCAACACCAACAACAUAUAUAUCACAAGUGACCAGGAUCUUAUUAUAUCUUAUUGCAAAGCUGAUUCCGAUGACCCACUGCUUGAAGGAACUGCUGGUUCGAUAAACAUCAGUAAUAUCUUGACGGGGAAAUGCUUAGCCAAGAUAAAAGCCACCAACAGCCUUCCGCCCGAGGAUUGCAGUUGUAGUAGCAAGUGUAGUGGGAUUCAAUGCAAGUCCAGUAAGCGGAUCCGAGCUUCUAGGAUUAGAAGCACGGUUGCAGAUGCAUUGGAAGACAUCACUGCUCUUUUUUAUGAUGAAGAACGGAAUGAGAUAUAUACUGGUAACAGGAUUGGCAUGAUUCAUGUCUGGUCUAACUGAAGUUGCUCUUUUGUGCUCACUUCAGAUUUUAUGAUGGCUACCCAGCUGGUCAAGUUUGCCCACAGGCCCGGAGUGAGAGCGACCUUCAGUAAAAAAUCUGGUGUUGAAGUUGAUUCAAAGUUGUUUUGUGUCUGACUGUUCAUUGCCCUUGUAGUUUAUAGUACCCUCUUUCAUAUUCCCCCCCUCUAUUAGGGGUAGUCUGUGUUAUUCUUUUUAUAUUCUAUGAAUAGCGCAUAUAGGGUGUUUGCAGGGUGAGAAUUGAGAUGUUGAAACGUAACUUGCUGUUGUAGUUGUGCUUUAUGAAAUGGGGUGACUUUUUAAAUGAAGUUUCAUGUGAUUGCCUA